AGAAUUCAGAAUCAUUGGAUCGUUUUUCCCUGGGUUUCACCGCCUUCUAACGUCGCCAAAAUUUUGGCUUGUCUCUCUAUCGCUCCUCACUUCAAUCCCUUUCUUUUCUCAAUCCAAGUAUUCGGAUACCUUUUCUUCUUCGGAGCUCAGAAAGAGGAAGACAGAUAGGUCCAAUCAUGGCUGACCACCACGACGAUUUAGACGAACUCCUUGACAGUGCUCUUGAUGAUUUCCAGGAUCUUAACCUAGCUCCUUCUUCUCAAAGGAGUGGAGAAGGGGGUGGUAAUAAGGAGAGCAAGAGACAAGAAUCAUUUCCUUCACUUCCAACGGGGGUUCAAGGGUUGGGUAUGGGAUUACCUGACUUGAAAAGCAAGAAAAAGGGAAAGCAAAAGGUUACAAAGGAGUCCCAUGUUGCAGAGGCGCUUGAUCAGCUUAGGGAGCAGACUAGGGAGGCUGUUAAGGGAUUGGAGUCCGUCACUGGUCCGAAACCAGAAGAUUUUAGUAAGGAUGCAAUGAUGGAAGAUUGGGUUAAGCAAUUUGAGGAGCUUGCUGGCUCUCAGGACAUGGAAUCUAUUGUAGAGACCAUGAUGCAACAACUUUUGUCUAAGGAGAUUCUUCAUGAACCCAUGAAGGAAAUUGGAGAAAGAUAUCCAAAAUGGCUAGAAGAACACAAAGCCAGUUUGACCACAGAAGAUUAUGAGCGAUACUCUCAUCAAUAUGAACUCAUCACCCACCUUAAUCAAGUUUAUGAGAAUGAACCUAAUAACUUUACCAAGAUUGUUGACCUCAUGCAGAGAAUGCAAGAAUGUGGCCAACCACCAAAUGAUAUUGUGCAAGAGCUUGCUCCCGAUAUUGAUUUCGCUAAUCUUGGCCAAAUAUCUCCAGAGAUGCUCGAGUCCCAGUCAAAUUGUUGCAUAAUGUGAGGCUAUUCCUCCCUCUCAUUUUCUGUACUCGUUUCAGGUGUCCCAUUGUCCCAUAGGUAUUUUUCUUCCUUCUGAAAUGUAUUGUGAAAGAUAAAGUAGCGCACUUAAAUUAUGGUUAUUUUUAUUUUUCUCAUUCCCUGACAGUAGAAGGAAAUGCUCAAUUUAAGGGCGUUGGUUCAUGUUGAACUUGUAUAUGAUUUGAGUGUCUCUCUGAACUAAAAUUUGUGAGAGGGGCUCAUGAUUCAUUAAGGCGAAGUUCAUAAUUCAAA